AUGAUGACUUCGUCGGAAAUCGAAGUGGAGAAUUUAGGUGAGAAGAACGCUGAGGACUCUGCGAUUUUAGAAGUAAGCACAAUGGCAGUCGGCGGUGUUAUUAAGCAGGAGAGCCGUGACGUGGAUUUCCUUUCGAAUUGUAGCACCUCCGUGGAGGGUUCUGUGAUAGCUUCUCCCUCAAUUGACAGUUUCUCUACUCUGCCAGAGCAAGAAAUAUCAGAUUUUCAGACAGACUCUAGGGACUUGCAAGUGAAAGUAGACAAUCCUCAGAAGCAUGUUGAGACCCUUGAAACCUAUAUUACUUUUCGUAUCGCAACAAAAUCUACAAGAGCUGAAUUUGAGGAGGGAGAAUAUAUUGUUCGAAGACGUUACAAUGAUUUUAUUUGGUUACGACAGAAAUUAGUGGAUUCUUAUCCUACACAUAUCAUUCCACCAAUGCCUGGAAAGCAUACAUUACUUGCACAGUUAGAUCGUUACUCCAAAGAAUUUAUUAUAGCACGCAUGAAACUAUUACAUGUGUUUCUCAACAGAAUUGUAAAUCAUCCCAUUCUUAGCUGUGACAAAAAUUUGCACACUUUUUUAACCACUAAACCAGCAGAAUUCCUCAAAUACCGUAAGAAUCGUGGAAAUGUUCUCGUUAAAAUGACCGAUUCUCUGCAAAAUAUAGCGAGCACGUACAUCAUGAAACAGCAUCACUUUGAAUUCGAGCAGAUUCGAGAUUACUGUACAGCUCUUAGCGAUAAAUUAUCGACUAUAGAUAAAAUAAACCACCGCAUACAUAAAGAGAGACAAGACUAUUUGGUGGAAUUGCAUCAGUUACACCCAAGAUUCACUUUAUGGGCAACCUCUGAGCCAGAAUUAGCUUCUAUGCUACUAGCAAUAGCCAAAGCGAUAGAAUGUAAUGCGAUGGCUCACCAAAAACUUCUGGAAAAUGUUCCAAAUGAUGAAAGAGAAUAUAUUUCGUAUAUAGAUGCAGUGAAAAGUGCUUUGUCUCGACGAGAUUCGAUGCAGAUUGAAUAUGAAAUGACUGUGGACGAGUUAGCCAAAAAAAGACUGGAGAAAGAUCAGCUGAUGGGCCUCAUAAGUGGCAAUGCAUUGGCACAGAAUUGGGGUGGUUCGCUCUGGAAAGCAGAAUCUCGCGAUGAAAAAUUGGAGAGACUCGGCCAGGUCAUUCCGCGACUGGCAAAGCAAACAGAAUUAUUACAAGAUCGUGUAGAAUGUGCAAACGAGAAUUUAAGGAGCGAUUUGCAAAGAUGGAAUGUGGAGAAGCAGAUGGAUUUGAAGAAUAUGUUAAUUUCAAUGGCUGACAGACAAAUUCGACAUUAUCAGCAAUGUAUGAACGCAUGGGAGGAAAUUCUCACUGGUUUGAAGUUAGAUGGAAUAGGAUCCGACGUUCACGUAGGACCACCCAUUAAGAUUCCUGUUUGA